GGCGGCGGCGGCGGCGGUGGGAGGAGGCGGCGGCGGGAGCGGCGCGGCUGGGGGCGAGUGGUGUUUCCCUGCGAGAGGUGUAUCCUUCCGCGGCGGCGGGAGUGCGGCGGCGACGGGUGUCCGCGGUGUCCCUCCGCCGCCGGGAGCGCAGGGGCACUCGGCGUCUCCCCGGACGGGGCGAGGAGGUCGCGGGAUCCGCUGGGAGGAACAAGAAGAAACUUCGGGGCGCGGCGACCGGCGCGACGCCCGCCUGGCUUGGCAGCGCGGCGGAACGAGGGCUCCCCGCAGGGAAGGAGAAGAAGGAGGAGGAAGCGGCGGCCGGUCCUCGCCGCCACCCCGCGGGGUCUCUGCGGGGGAGCCCGAGGGACUCUUUCUCGCGGGGCGCGGCGGAGGGAUCUCCAGACGGCUCUCCCCGCCGCCUCCCCCCGGUGCCGCUAGCCCCUCGGCGCCGCCAUCUUGGAUUUUAAUCCGCCAUUUUUUUCCUCCCCCCACUCGGAAUUAUUUUUUAUCACUAUCGCCGCUUUUUUUUUUUCUCCCCCCCCCCUUAGUUUUCCUCCCCGCUCCGCCUCUCCCUCGCCCGAUCUUCGCUUUCCCCCCAUCAGCUUCCUCCCUUUCCCUCCCCCCCCGCUGCCUUCCCUUUGAUGAUUCAUUUUCCCCCCGUGGCAGCGGGAGCAGCGCCGGCAGUGAAAGACUCAGCGCGGGGCGGAAUUGGAACUGAAUUUAUUCAUCCACUUCUCCAAGCCUUUUGAAAAGUGACUAAAUGCAACUGAGUCAGAUUGUCUGUGGGUAUGAAGUGGCUGGGAGAAUCCAAGAACAUGGUGGUGAAUGGCAGGAGAAGUGGAAGCAAGUCGUCUAAUGACCACGCGCAGACCAAGUUGCAGCAUGCAGGAAAGGAGAAUCCAAAGACAGGCAAAAACGGGGUCGAGAGAAGAUCAAGCAGAUGUAGCGGUGCUUCAGGAUUUGAGGGUCAAAGUCGUUAUGUGCCUUCCUCUGGAAUGUCUGCCAAGGAACUCUGUGAAAAUGAUGACCUAGCGACUAGUUUGGUUCUUGAUCCCUAUUUAGGUUUUCAGACACACAAAAUGAAUACUAGAUUUCGACCUAUUAAAGGAAGGCAAGAAGAACUAAAAGAGGUGAUUGAACGUUUUAAGAAAGAUGAGCACUUAGAAAAAGCCUUCAAGUCCUUGACGUCAGGUGACUGGGCCCGGCACUAUUUUCUUAACAAGAACAAAAUGCAGGAAAGGUUGUUCAAGGAACAUGUAUUUAUUUAUUUACGAAUGUUUGCAACUGACAGUGGGUUUGAGAUCCUGCCUUGUAAUAGGUAUUCUUCAGAGCAAAAUGGAGCCAAAAUUGUUGCAACGAAAGAAUGGAAACGAAAUGAUAAAAUAGAAUUACUUGUGGGCUGCAUUGCUGAACUAUCAGAAAUGGAAGAAAACAUGCUGCUGAGACAUGGGGAAAAUGACUUCAGCGUCAUGUAUUCCACACGAAAAAACUGUGCACAACUGUGGCUUGGUCCUGCUGCAUUUAUCAAUCAUGAUUGCAGACCUAACUGUAAGUUUGUAUCAACGGGCAGAGAUACGGCAUGUGUGAAAGCUCUAAGAGAUAUUGAACCUGGAGAAGAAAUCUCUUGUUACUAUGGAGAUGGGUUUUUUGGAGAAAAUAAUGAAUACUGCGAAUGUUACACCUGUGAAAGACGUGGAACUGGUGCUUUUAAAUCAAGAGUGGGAUUACCAGCACCUACUCCUGUGAUUAAUAGUAAAUAUGGACUGAGAGAAACAGAUAAACGAUUGAACAGGCUUAAAAAGUUGGGUGACAGCAGCAAGAAUUCAGACAGCCAGUCUGUCAGCUCUAACACUGAUGCAGAUACCACUCAGGAAAAAGGUAAUGCAACUAACAGAAAAUCUUCAAUUGGCGUUAAAAAGAACAGCAAAAAUAGAACGUUAACCAGACAGUCUAUAUCAAGAAUUCCAGCAUCAUCAAAUUCUACCUCAUCUAAACUAACUCAUAUAAAUAAUUCCAGGGUACCAAAGAGACUGAAAAAGCCUGCAAAGCCUUUACUUUCAAAGAUAAAGUUGAGAAAUCAGUGCAAAAGGCCAGAGCAAAAGAAUGCCUCUAGAAAGCUUGAAAUGGGAAAUUUAGUUCUCAAAGAGCCUAAAGUAGUUUUGUAUAAAAACUUGCCCAUUAAAAAGGAUAAAGAAUUGGAGGGACCAGUCAAAGUUGCAGUCUCUAGCGGAUGCUUAACGAGGCACGCAGCGAGAGAACAUAAACUGAAUUCUGUGAAAGGUGCUCAUGAGCAUGGUGAUAUUCCACCCUGCACAUACAUAACAAGGAGGUCGAUGAGAACAAGGAUGAGUUUGAAGGAGACCUCUGACACAAAGCUUGAACCAAAUACGUUGGAUAGCUAUAAGAAUAAUUUGACUGGAACACAAUCGGACGUUGUAGAGCAGCAGUCUCGUGCGGGAAACGAAAACGAGGUGGCUCAUGGACCAUCACAUAAAGGGGAGGGGAGGUGCCAGAAAAAUGAUGCAGGCACAUCAAAAAAGAAAUCUCGACAAGGAAAGCUUGUGAACACAUCUUCAAAAACAGAGGAAAUUGAUACUAUGCACAACACAGCUGUGAAAGACAAAGUACCAGAUUUGAUUAGUUCUCAUUCAGAACUUGAAGAGAGGAAUAAUGAGGUGGACACACCUGUUGGCUUUAAAGACUGCAUCCCUGGAUCUGGUGGCUGCUCUGUAACAACUGACAAUUUUAAAGCAAAAGACAGCUUUAGAACUGCAAAAAGUAAAAAGAAAAGACGAAUCACAAGAUAUGAUGCACAACUUAUCCUUGAAAAUAGCUCUGGGAUCCCUAAACUGACUCUUCGUAGGCGCCAUGAUAGCAGUAGCAAGACAAAUGAUCAAGAAAGUGAUGGAAUGAAUUCUUCAAAAAUAAGCAUCAAAUUAAGUAAAGACCAUGAAAAGGAUAAUAACUUAUAUGUAGCAAAGCUAAAUAAUGGGUUUAACUCAGGAUCAGGCAAUAGUUCAACAAAAUUAAAAAUACAGCUAAAACGAGAGGAAGAAAACAGAGGGACAUACCCUGAGGACCUUCACGAAAAUGGCAUGUGUUGUAGUGAAACUCUGUCCGUUUUGGAGUCGAGAAUGGAAGUAGAUGAUUAUGGUCACUAUGAAGAGGAAACAGCAGAUGAAUCUUCGUCAGAAGAGGACGAUGAAGAGGAAGAUGAUUAUGAUGAUGAGUUUGAUGACUUUAUUCCUCUUCCUCCAGCGAAGAGAUUAAGGCUUAUUGUUGGCAAGGAUUCAAUAGAUAUUGAUAUUUCUUCCAGGAGGAGAGAAGAUCAGUCUUUAAGGCUCAAUGCAUAAGCUUAUAGGUCUUAAACUGACCUGGAUGUCAUUUUUAAAAAAAAAUAUAAAAAAUAAAAUAAAAAAAUAAUAAUAAUUAAAAAAAAAAAACCAACAAAAAUUCCAUUUGAUUAUUCCUCAACUAAAGAACUUUCUGAAAAACUUAGUGGCAGCACUUCUUUAUUCACCUGUCAACGUAAUAUUGUAGAAAGUGUACAGCAUCCUGACUCUUCUUAAGUCUGAUUUGUGCAGAUUUUUAUUGUACUUUUUAAUAGCCUUCUUAUGUGCAAUUCCGAGUUAGAGGUAAUGCUCUGUUGUAAAAUAAAGGCUCAAGCAAAGUUAUGAAAUUGCAUCAGAUCUUUCCAUGCAGGACAAUGAGAAUACAGUGUGGCUACAGAAUUAUUUUUGAUCGGUAAGAGCGUUAGUUUGCUCUUACACUGUUUGACUAAACAAUUUACAAAAUCAUAGUAGCAGCAUAUUAAGGUUUUCUAGUAUAUGUUAAUAUCACCAGCAAUGAUCUACAGCUUUCCAAUUUAUUUGCUAGAUGGUUUUUUCCCCCCUUGGAGUUUGUCAGUUUUAACACUGUAUGCUGUCCCAGACGUACUGUUUGUGGCCUUUGUUAUAGUAGCAAACCGUUGGUUGGAAGUCAAAUUGAUUUCUUUAAAAAAGAGAAAAAAAUAUGAAAAGGUGUUGACAAUUUGCUGACUUUUUAGUACAUUAUAUGUACAAGGGUAGCAGUAUGCAGAAUAAAAGUUUGGAUAUGGUGUAUUUAUUGCUUGUUACGUAAAUUAAACACCUUGUAUUUAACACUUUUCAAUACUUUUAGAUAAAAUUGUUCUUUGCAAGAAUGAUUGGUGCUUAUUUUUUCAAGAAUUUGCUGUGAAAUAAUGUGAUUACGACGGGCAACAUUUAUCCAAUGAACUGCAGCUAUCCUAAAUUGGUUCUUCAUAUUUUUCUGUUGCACUUGUAAAAUGCUACAAGGAAUUUAAAGAAAAUCUAUUCACUUUAACUUAUGAUAGUUUUAUCAAAUUAAAAACAACUAAGUCACAGCUUUUGUUCUGUGGUAACCUAUAAAUUGUUUGUCUUUUAAGAACCAGUUGUAAAAGACUGAAAAAAUAUGUAUAUGUUGUAAAUAUUUGUGUGUUGUGAGAAAUUUUGUCAUAUGAAAUUGAGAUAACUUGCCAGAAGGGUUUUUAAGUUUAGAAAUACAUCCAUGCCAAUAAAAUAGGAAACUGUAAACCUAGUUUUAAACUCUGCAUCAGUUGGAGUUCUUUGCUCAUACGUAGUUCACGUAAUACUUCAGAGUCUGCUUUAUAACAAUGAAGAGCAUCAGGGCGAUCUUUGGCUCUUUGGUUUUUAAUAAAAGAAUGUUAGGAAA